AUGAAAUAUUUACUAUCCAAUACCCAUCCAGUGGGAACUCCCGAUCUAAAACUCACAAAAGUGAAUAAAGUGUUUAAAACAUUCAAAAUGAAUAUCAAAGCAGCGCUGGCCAUUUGUAUGGUCUUCGUAGGAUGUUGUUCUAACGUCGUGUUUUUGGAGUUAGUAGUAAAAGAGGAUCCCGGGGCGGGAAAUUUAGCAACAUUCCUGCAAUUUUUAUUCAUAGCCACCGUCGGUUUCUGCACGGUUGGCAAAUUUGGCACAGCAAAGAGAAAUAUACCAUUCAAACAGUACCUUUUAUUAGUUGGAUUUUUCUGGACGAGUAGUGUAGCUAACAACUAUGCGUUUGACUUCAAUAUAUCAAUGCCUCUACAUAUGAUCUUUAGAGCGGGAUCCCUUAUGGCGAAUAUGGCUAUGGGAGUUUGGAUUUUAAAGAAGCAGUACCCAGCACUCAAAUAUUUGGCUAUAUUUAUGAUUUCUGCUGGCAUCGCUAUAUGUACCGUACAAUCUAGUGGCGACGUGAAAGCUCCAAGGGAAACGCACGAAGACGCAGCAGAGGAAGAAAAGCUAAAAUUCAUUGACUGGCUUUGGUGGUGUUUGGGGAUAGCCAUAUUAACAUUCGCUCUAUUUGUUUCCGCUCGAAUGGGAAUAUUCCAAGAAUCUCUAUAUUCCAAAUAUGGUAAACAUCCAUGGGAAGCGCUGUACUAUACCCAUUUGUUACCUAUAGUUAUCUGGUUACCCACCACCCCAAAUUUGAUAAACCAUGUCAAAUUAGCAUUUGAUACACCGCUAGUAGAUUUCAUGGGGAUAACUUUGCCGCGACAAGUCCUUUGGUUGAUAUUAUAUGUUUGUACGCAAGAUGGCGAACCUAUCAAACUACCAGAGAACUUGGAGAGCCUUCCACGGGCGGAACAUUUCGCUGCGCAAAGGCAUCGAUGGAACACAAAUGAGGAAAUCGCAGCCAUCCUUAUCAGCUUCGAUAAACAUAGUGAUUGGCAGUCCAAAGAAGUCAAAAUACGG